AUGGUGGCGGCGGGGGAGUUUUCGUCCGGAACUCGCCAGAGUAUGGGGGCGCCGGCAAUGCAGAGCUUUGAGCGACGGGGAACCUCCGGCGAGAUGCAGAACAGAUUGCUUGAGAGAGAAGCAUUCGGCGUGACCAUGGCAUCGGCUCCGCCGGCGAGCAACGACCCGACCUUACCGAUGCGCACGGCAGCGGCGGCGCGGCACGGCGGGAGUUGCACGGUCAUGGCGGCUUUGCCGAGUCGCACGAUGCCAGCGCCGGCGGCUGCGGGGGACAGAAACGAUCGGGCUAUCACUCACCAGUACGGCCCGACGGGGUGGCUCAUCGGAACCAUCGUCCACGGGGUGAACGAGGAGAUCGGGGAACUUGAGGCUGCCCUAGAUCAGGAGGUGCGGUGCCGCAUGGCCACAGAGCAGCGGGAGCGGGAGCUGGAGGAGGCCCUCCUGGCCGCGGCGGAGCGGGAGCAGCAAAUUCUUGAGGCCGCGCAGCAGCUUUCGCAGGCCUGCCUGGCCGCAGAACAGCGGGAGCGGGAGCAGGCGGAGGCCCUCCUGGCCGCGGCGGAGCGGGAGCAGCAAAUCCUUGAGGUCGCGCAGCAGCUUUCGGAGGUCUACCUGGCCGCAGAAUGGCGGGAGCGGGCGGUCGCACAUCAGCUGGUGCAGACCACCAUGGCCACGCAACAGAAGGUCCAGGCCCUGGAACAGGAGUUAGCAGCCUUGCGACAGUUGCUGCAGGCGGUUCAUCGCUGGCGGGGAAUGCACCGGCAAAACAUAGACAAUUCUUCAUCGCCGGCGCCGGCGCGGCGCUACAUCGGUGGCACUGGCGAUAUCGCCGACGCCACCCGGCAACACCAGCCCCUAGCUAAGCUGAGUUCUCGAGUAACUGCGGCUGCCCCCACCGCCGGUUUCGGUAACCCUGAUUCUAAUAUAUUUUAUGCUUGA